UCACUCAAACCCCCAGAACUGAGCCUCUACUUCUGUCAAUUCUCUAGGUCUCAUGGUUUAGAAUACCCCAGGACGACGUGACAUCACCCCGACGAAGAGGUUGGCGCCUCCAUCGGAGACCCAAUAUGUAUCCAAAAAAUUUUUACCUACGGAGGCAGCACGUGGCGCGAGUUUUUAACAACACGAAGUUGCUGUGUUUUUUAAGACAGAUGUUGGGAACGAUGAGAGCGUGCUCUCGAGCCAUCCCGAAAAAUGGGACGAAACCACCGCCGUUGAGAGAAAUAAGUAAACCAAAGAAAAACGAAGGAAUACCCAUGCCAGUAUUUCAGUACCCGGUGGCUCAACCAGGCGAUCGAAGAGUCUAUGUCUGGGGUUUGGCAGAUCAUGGAGGACUUGGUACCCUCGGAAGAACGAAAAAAUCAUCGGCAGAUUUCAACUACAUCGCUAAACCCAGUAGAUUAACCUUCGGUGAAUGGCAUAAGGUCGUGGACAUCACCUGUGGCUAUGGAUUCACUGCUUUCGGAGUGAAUGAUGAUAGUGAGAGUAUCGUGUAUGGAAAUGGUAUAAACACAGAUUCACAACUAGGAUCUGCUCCCAAGGAUGAAGUCCAUUACAAGCACCACAUAAUUACGGUCCCAAGACCUAUUCCAUUGCCCUUGAAGAAGAAGGACACUAAGGUACUGGGGCUGUCUGCUGGGAGGGCUCAUCUUCUCAUUUUGACAAGUGAAGGAGUUUUCACACUGGGGAAUAAUGGAUAUGGCCAAUGUGGCAGGCCAGUUAUAGAGAAUGAGGAUUAUUGCAAGAGCAAAGUUGUUCACCAUAUCCCUAAUAUCAAGGGGGUCAGGAUAACUGGGGUGACUGCUGGCCAGGACCACAGUGUAAUCUUGACGGAAAAAGGAGAAGUUUACACAUUCGGCUGGGGUGCCGAUGGCCAGACUGGUCUGGCUCAUUAUAGAAAUGAAUGGCAACCGAGUUUAGUUAAAGGAGAUCUAGCUGGUGAACGAAUAAUCAAAGUGGCAUGUGCGGCUGAUUGCGUUCUAGCCAUGAGUGACAAAGGGAAAAUUUUCGGCUGGGGAAACUCGGAAUACGGACAACUACCAACCGAGGGUGAUACAACACAGAUAAAUAUUGCCACGGAGUUAUCGGACUGUGUUAAAUUAGGACAUAUUGUCGAUAUUGCUGUCGGGGGGAGUUUUUGUAUGAUUCUGACGAGUAACGGAGACGUUUACGUAUGGGGAUUUGGAAUUCUCGGAUUCGGUCCGGAGGUGAAAAAAAUUCGAACACCCACUCUUAUACCUAAUACGUUAUUUGGUAGAAAUGUGUAUCAAAAGAAUAUUAAGGUAACCCAAAUUUAUGCCGGAAUGAAUCAUUUAGGAGCAGUAACGAAUUCCGGAGAUCUCUACAUGUGGGGAAAAAAUAAAUACGGGCAUCUUGGCUUGGGCCACCAGAACGAUCAAUUCUUUCCUCUCAAGGUGGCGAUUGGAGCUGAAGUAAAAAAAGUUGCCUGUGGAGUCGACCACACAGUGGCCCUCUGCAAGCCCUUCAUCUGAAAUUGUACCUAACAAAUAAACAAUUAUCAAAACAACUGAUCAAAUCGUCCCUAUAAAUAAAUUAUGAAUUGUCAAGUUUUAAAUGAAAAUUUCUUCGCUGUUAUAUGAAAGAAAAUCAUCAGGAAAUCAGUGGAUUUUCACAGACUCUUCAUUAGUCCAAACACUAACAAAGCAAACAUAUAAUUGACCCUAAUCCUAAAAAAAUAUUAAACAAAUAAUAAAACUUUCUUUCCUUCCGUUUAGACGGCACACACACCUCAAAAU